AUGGUAGAUACUCCAAUAAAGAUCCUAAUACCAGGUUCACACCCUCCAACAAAUUAUUUCUCUGCGGGUGAUUGGUUAUAUUGGGAAUGUAAAUACGAAAAGGCUCGAGAUCAUUUUGAAAACAUCUUAAAACGACCAUCUUUAAGUACAUCUGAUACGGCUCGGUGUUACAAAUCAUUAGGGGCAGUUGAAGUCGAAUUAAAAAAUCAUGAGAAGGCAUUGGAAAACUACAGAAACCAAUUUGAUUUACUGAACAAAUCUGAUGAUUCAAACAAAAAUCAAGAUAUAAUGACAUGUUUGAUUUCAAUGGGGAAAGUUUAUUGGUUAAAAGAAGAUUAUGAAAAAGCUGUUGAAUAUCAUGAACGAGCACUGCAUUCUGUUACGCUUUCUACAAAGGAUAUAUCAACUAUUCAUAAGAAUUUGGGCAGUAUCUAUACCAGUAUGGAACAAUUUGAUUUAGCACUUAAGAACUUUCAAGAAGCACUUGGAAUUGAUGGUAAAAAUCUUGGAAAAGAUCAUCCACAAAUCGGACAAACUUAUGCAAACAUGGGGAUGAUGUAUCAAUCCAAAGCUGAUUACUCGGAAGCAUUGAAUUGUUUAAAAAAAGCACAUGAAAUAUUUUUGAAAACAUUUUUACCAACUCAUUUCUUCGUUGAAAAACUCGUUCAGACAAUUGACAAAAUACAAUCAAUGAUAAUUCCAGCUGGGAUUGUUCCAUCGAAUGAAUCUGAUAUUCUUGCGUUAAACAAUGUGAUGAUAGUUUGGUUAGAUGAGCACAUUGGUGGGGACGAAAAUUGUCGUGAUUUGAAAAAUAAAUUCCGACGAAUUACGAAUAGUUUUAAAGCGGUCGAGUCUGUUGAGAGUUGUCGACAUUGUUUACCACACAUUAAAAAUCGCAAAGUUUUCUUCAUUAUACAAGGUAAACAUGCCAAAGAAAUCGUUCCUUAUAUUACUAAAACUAUGUUAUCGGAUAUGGAACCUGUUGUUUAUAUCUUUUGUUUACAUAUGCAAUAUUUAAUUGAAUGGGCUCAAGAACAAGAAUGUAUUAUGAGAGGUGGAAUAUACGAUCAUGAACAAGACCUGUUGGGUAGAAUUUCCAAAGACGUACAAGAGUAUAUUGAACAACAACCAAAAAUGCCGGACAAAUUAGCUGAAACAGCACUCGUUAAAUCUUUUCUUAAACAAGUGAAACAACUCUUGAAAAGUUGUUUUGAAGCGAGAAAACACAUUAAGCCUCCUUAUCAUUUAAGCACUAUGGCAUAA